CCCCACUGGGGUGAAGGGCGGACAGAGAAAACGGAGUCGAUAAUUGAAUCAGAGAAAUUUCUCCCUGAGCAUCGCGGAUGGUUGGUCUGAUAAGGAGGUCCUUAGCUGGCAGGACAGGAAGCAGCCCUUCCGCAUUCCAAGGUGGGAGAAACUUUCUUUUUGGUCUUUGGUGCCCCUUCUCAUGGUGCCAUUCAGGGGAGCCUCCUGCUAGCAGCCCUGCACGAACUGCGUUGCUUCACUGAGCAGCAAUGAGAGCUACUCCUCAAUACUCCAGAUGGGCAGAGAGACGAUCCACUGUGGUUUACGCUGUUCGGGCGACCACAUUUGGCUUCUGGAGGAUGCUCACCCUGGGGGCAGAGUACUUAGACACCUGGGCUCCAUCACCUGACAGGAGGCAGCAUCCUGUGAAGCAGGUCAGAGAGGAGGAGGAGGAGGAGGAGGAGGAGGUGGAGGAUACCUGCGCUGGAGAUCAGAGGGAAUCCUCAUGGCGAUCUGCUGACAAGGACUCAACACAGAAAUAUGAGACUGUUCUCCACCUGGACGGGAUGAGCGGACGAGAAAUGAGAGACGGUGUCCGGCAGGCCAUAAGGAAGCACGACAAACUGAACAGCACCUCUAUGCACUGGAGAAUGGCUCGCUUCGCAGAAGAUCUACCCACCCGCUAUGGAGGAAGCGCAGGCGGCGGAGGGAGAGGUGGACCGGGCGCUGGGAGAGGAGGCGCCCGGGGUGGUGGCGCUCCGGGUGGACAGAGGAUGUACAAGCAGUCGAUGGCCCAGAGAGCCCGGACAAUGGCCAUUUACAACCCGAACCCUGUCAAACAAAACUGCUUCACCGUCAACCGCUCCCUCUUCAUCUUCCGCGAGGACAACCUCAUCAGGAAGUAUGCAAAGCGAAUAACAGAGUGGCCUCCAUUUGAGUACAUGAUCCUGGCUACAAUUAUUGCCAACUGCAUUGUCUUGGCCCUGGAACAACAUCUACCCGCUGGCGACAAGACGCCCAUGUCAGAACGCCUGGAUGACACAGAGCCCUACUUUAUUGGAAUAUUCUGUUUUGAGGCCGCCAUUAAGAUCAUCGCCCUGGGCUUCGCAUUUCACAAAGGCUCCUACCUCCGCAAUGGCUGGAAUGUAAUGGACUUCGUGGUCGUCCUCACCGGAAUCUUGGCCACGGUGGGCUCGGACUUUGACCUAAGAACACUGCGAGCAGUGAGGGUGCUGAGACCCUUGAAACUCGUCUCAGGAAUCCCCAGUCUCCAGGUGGUGUUGAAGUCAAUAAUGAAAGCCAUGGUUCCACUUCUUCAGAUUGGUUUGCUGCUCUUCUUCGCCAUUGUCAUGUUUGCCAUCAUCGGGGUGGAGUUCUACAUGGGCAAAUUCCACACCACCUGCUUCAAGAACGGCACUGAUGAGAGAACAGUCGACUGGCCUUGUGGUUCUCAGCCCCCAGCGAGGAUCUGUCCCCCUGGCAGCGAGUGUAAAGUGUACUGGACUGGACCCAACUUUGGGAUUACCAACUUUGACAACAUCCUAUUUGCAGUGCUUACUGUCUUCCAGUGCAUUACCAUGGAGGGAUGGGUGGACAUCCUUUACAACACCAAUGACGUAGCAGGAAACACUUGGAACUGGCUGUACUUCAUCCCUCUCAUAAUCAUUGGCUCCUUCUUCAUGCUCAACCUGGUGCUUGGUGUCCUUUCAGGAGAAUUUGCCAAAGAGCGAGAGCGUGUGGAGAAGAGGCAGGAGUUCCUAAAGCUUCGCAGGCAGCAGCAGAUUGAGAGAGAGCUCACCGGAUACUUGGAGUGGAUCUGCAAAGCAGAGGAAGUGUUGCUGGAGGAGGAGGAUGAGAUUGCAGAGGAGAAGUCCCCACUGGACGGUGCGUGGUACAAGAGGAAACAGAACCUUCCAGUCCUAAAGCGAGGCAAAGUCAAGAAAGGUAAAAACGACCUGAUCGGUGCUGAGGAGGGGGAAGAUCCUUUUGCAGACAUCUCCUCUGUUGCUCCUCCUGGCUCUCCGUUUGGUCGGGCCAGCGUGAAAAGCAGCGGUAAGAUGGACAGCUCGUCUUACUUCCGCCGUAAAGAGAAGAGGAUCCGCUUCUUCAUCCGCCGUAUGGUGAAAGCUCAGAGUUUCUACUGGAUCGUCCUGUGCGUGGUGGGCCUCAACACUCUCUGUGUGGCCAUAGUCCACUAUGACCAACCCGAGUGGCUUACAAGAGCUCUCUACACAGCAGAGUUUGUGUUUCUGGGUUUGUUCCUGACUGAGAUGACUUUGAAGAUGUACGGCCUCGGAGUGAGGAAUUAUUUCCACUCCUCCUUUAACUGCUUCGAUUUUGGGGUGAUUGUUGGCAGUAUUUUUGAGGUGAUCUGGGACAUGAUUAAACCGGGAGCAUCAUUUGGUAUCAGUGUGCUGAGAGCCCUGAGACUGCUUAGGAUUUUCAAAGUCACCAAAUACUGGAACUCAUUAAGGAACCUUGUUGUUUCCCUCCUCAACUCCAUGAAGUCCAUCAUCAGCUUGCUCUUCCUCCUUUUCCUCUUCAUCGUGGUCUUUGCCUUGCUGGGCAUGCAGCUCUUUGGAGGACAGUUUAACUUUGAUGAAGAGACACCAACAACAAACUUUGAUACCUUCCCAGCAGCCAUCCUCACUGUGUUUCAGAUUCUGACCGGCGAGGACUGGAACGCGGUGAUGUACCACGGGAUCGAGUCUCAAGGAGGCGUUCGCCGUGGCAUGUUCUCCUCCAUCUACUUCAUCGUCCUCACACUCUUUGGAAACUACACCCUCCUGAACGUCUUCUUGGCUAUUGCUGUUGACAACCUUGCAAAUGCACAAGAGCUGACAAAGGAUGAAGAGGAGCAGGAGGAGGCAGCCAAUAAGAAGCUUGCUCUGCAGAAAGCUUUGGAAGUGAAAGAAGUCAGCCCAAUGUCAGCAGCCAACAUUUCAAUCGCUGCUUUUGUAAAGCAAAAUCGAGAUGCACUCUCUCGCAGGUCGUCCAUCAACAGCAUUCAGUCACCGAGUUAUACUGUCUACUCCUCCCCUGCUCGACAUAUCUCGAGCAAAGAGCAGCAGCGCUCAGCGAAGAUCAUGUCGGUGUGGGAGCAGAGGACUAACCAGCUUAGGAGACACAACAUGAAAACAAGCAGCGAGGCCCUGUACAAUGAGCUUGACCCCGAUGACCGACUGCGGCUCUCCAGCACCCUUCAUCUGCAUCCCGACAUGAAGACUCACCUGGACAGGCCCCUUAGGGUGGAGUCCAAGAAUGGAGACAAAUGUAGCAAGACCCCUGAGGGAGGGUGGGUGGAAGCAGGGGAUCUCAGGCAGGAUGACAGCUUUCACACACACUCAAGGAAGCAUCACCGCCACCACGACAGGAGCGGGGAGAACAGAGAUGAAGGAGAUGUCCGGGGAGGGAGGCACCACACCCAUCACGGUAGGAGCAGAGAUCACAAUGCUGACGGUCCUCAGACAAAAGAGAGGAGAGGGGAGAGGAGUCACAGCCACAAUGGAGGGCAGGGACACAGGCACCACCACCACCAGGCUGGCUCCCCCGAGGAGGAAACUAAUGAUCUGCGGGGUGGAGGAGGCGAUAAUAAGGGACAUCACCACCAUCACUCUCAUCAUCCACCGAAAGAGGGAAACGGGAUGUUGGCAAAUGGUGCGCAGUCUGAGCGCAGGAGUAGAGGGGGAGGUGGAGGUGGAGGAGAUAGUAAUGGAGAGAGGAAGGACCGUUGCUCUCGUACGGGCAGAGCUCUGUCAACUCUGGGUGGAGACGACUGUAAGACAAACAAGAACGGAAACAGAGGUUACAGGGAGAUGCAGCCAGAUGUUGAGGAGGACAGCCUUACCUGCAGUCCUCUGCAGCCUACAGAGGACGCUGACAACCAGAAGAACUCCACUAGGGCGAGCCAGGCUGGCCUCAACAGCAAUGCUAUCCACAUUCCUGUCACCAUCACUGGCCCGCCUGGAGAAACCACCGUCAUACCCAUGAACAACAUCGACUGUGACAACCUCCAACUCAGCGAGGAGAAGAAAGAUCUGGAAGAGGACACGGCAGCUAAUGGGCCUCGGCAGAUCCUUCCCUACAGCUCAAUGUUCAUCUUUGGCCAAACAAACCCGGUGCGAUGGCUGUGUCACUUUGUGGUCAACCUACGCCACUUUGAAAAGUGCAUCCUGACGGUCAUUGUGUUGAGCAGCAUCGCUCUGGCAGCCGAGGACCCUGUGCAACAAACUGCACCGCGCAACCAAGUUCUCAAGUACCUGGAUUAUUUCUUUACUGGAGUCUUCACUUUUGAGAUGGUGAUUAAGAUGAUUGACCUGGGACUGCUCCUCCACCGUGGCUCUUAUUUCCGUGACCUGUGGAAUAUUCUCGACUUCAUCGUGGUCACCGGAGCUCUGGUGGCCUUUGCCUGCUCAGGGACAAAAGGCAAGGACAUCAACACUAUCAAGUCCCUGAGGGUCCUGCGGGUCCUGCGGCCACUGAAGACCAUUAAACGGCUGCCCAAACUGAAGGCCGUGUUUGACUGUGUUGUGAACUCUCUGAAGAACGUCCUCAACAUCCUCAUCGUCUACAUCCUCUUCAUGUUCAUCUUCGCUGUGAUUGCUGUUCAGCUCUUCAAGGGGAAAUUCUUCUACUGCACUGAUGAGUCCAAGACCCUGGAGAAAGACUGCAGGGGUCAGUUUUUGGAUUAUGACAAGGAUGAUGUAAAGGCUCAGCACAGACUGUGGAAGAAGUACGAGUUUCACUAUGAUAAUGUGCUGUGGGCUUUCCUGACACUCUUCACCGUCUCCACCGGAGAGGGCUGGCCACUCGUCCUGAAACACUCUGUGGAUGCCACAUACGAGGACCAGGGUCCCAGUCCAGGCUUUCGCAUGGAGACAUCCAUUUUUUAUGUGGUCUACUUUGUGGUGUUUCCCUUCUUCUUUGUCAACAUAUUUGUGGCUUUGAUCAUCAUCACUUUUCAGGAGCAGGGAGACAAAGCCAUGUCAGAAUGUACAUUGGAAAAGAAUGAGAGGGCUUGUAUUGACUUUGCCAUCAAUGCCAAGCCACUGACGAGAUACAUGCCAGAGAAUAAGCAGUCCUUCCAGUACAAAAUGUGGAAAUUUGUGGUCUCGUCUCCUUUUGAGUAUGCCAUCAUGACUUUGAUCGCUCUCAACACUGUCGUGCUGAUGAUGAAGUUUUAUGACGCUCCAGAAGUGUAUGAGUCCAUGCUGAAAUACUUGAACAUCGUCUUCACAGGCCUCUUCACAAUCGAGUGCAUACUCAAAUUAAUUGCCUUCAAUCCACUGAACUACCUGAAAGACCCCUGGAACGUGUUUGACUUGGUGACUGUGAUUGGAAGCAUCACAGACAUUUUGUUUACAGAGAUAAAUACGAAAGAAAUGAUCAACCUGAGUUUCCUGAGGCUGUUCAGAGCAGCUCGUCUCAUCAAGCUUCUGCGACAAGGCUACACUAUCCGCAUCCUGCUGUGGACCUUUGUUCAGUCUUUCAAGGCCCUCCCAUAUGUCUGCCUACUCAUUGCCAUGCUGUUCUUUAUCUACGCCAUCAUAGGAAUGCAGGUGUUUGGUAACAUCGCGCUGAAGGAUGAGAAUGCCAUAAACCUCCACAACAACUUCCAGACCUUUUUCCAGGCCUUGACCCUCCUCUUCAGGAGCGCAACAGGCGAGGCGUGGCAUGAGAUCAUGCUAGCGUGCCUCAGUAACCAACAGUGUGAUCAACGCUCAGAAAUUCCAGGAGAGGAGUGUGGCAGUGACUUUGCCUACUUCUACUUUGUCUCCUUCAUCUUCCUCUGCUCCUUUCUGAUGCUGAACCUCUUCGUCGCUGUCAUCAUGGACAAUUUUGAGUACCUGACCAGGGACGCCUCCAUCCUGGGGCCUCAUCACCUUGAUGAAUUCAUACGUGUGUGGGCGGAGUAUGACCCUGCUGCCUGCGGGAGAAUAUGCUAUCGGGAUAUGUACAAAUUGUUGCAUUUUAUCUCGCCUCCUCUGGGCCUGGGGAAGAAGUGCCCUAGCAGGGUGGCUUAUAAGCGAUUGGUGAAGAUGAACAUGCCAAUUGCGGAUGACAACACAGUGCAUUUCACCUCCACACUGAUGGCCCUGAUCCGCACAGCCCUGGAGAUCAAGCUGGCAUCUGGCAUGCUGGCACAGCGUUUGUGUGACGCUGACCUGAAGAGGGAAUUAAACCGAGUGUGGCCCAACCUGUCGCAGAAGACCUUGGACCUGCUGGUGACACCACAUAAAUAUAAUGAGCUGACUGUGGGGAAAGUCUACGCAGCGCUAAUGAUCUUCGACUUCUACAAGCAGAAUCGUGCCAAGAGACUCCAGGAGCAGAAUUCUUCAGGUGCACCUCAGAGUAAAUUGGGGUCCUUGUUCCGCCCUAUUCUCCCAUUCACUCAUAUACAUGAAGUAGAACCACCGUUCUCCAGCCCCACACAAGCCCUCUCACCUGAGCCUGAAACAAAACCAGAGGCCUCUCGCUCUAUGACCACCACCAACACCUCCAUCAACAAGGACACACUACUCAACCAGAGGAGUGCCAUAAAACAUUCCCAGUCUGGAGACGUUUCUCAGGCAUCACAGAGGCCCAAAGGUCGGAGAAAGCUGCAGAGAGGCCAGUCGGAGGAUGUGCAAUAUUUAACAAGACCUCAGGAACAGGUUGAGCUGAAGGAGGUGGAGAACACUUCAGACACAGAAGCGUAUCCUAGCCUGGAAGGUCACUGCAGAGCAGCCUCUCUUCCCCGACUAAAUGCUGAGUACUACCGGAGCCACCCUCGCCACGCCCCUGGGACCCACCUGGCACCGAUUGUGGACCUCAGUCCUAUAAAACGCUCAGCGUCCUCGCUGACGCCGCAGCACCACUAUCAGGAGGAAGGGCUCAAGGAGUAUGACCUGGAGCGCCCCAGCCAGGCCCAGUCCUCCGCAGGGCUGGGACAAGUCCAGGGCCAAGACAGAGCCCACCACCAUCACCACCACCACCGCUGCCAUAGACGCAGGGAUAAGGACAAAGACAAGAAGCAGAAGUCCCUGGAUAGAGCUGCGUCUGUGCAGCCAUCCAGCACUGUUGAUUCAUUUACCGACCCCUCAGCUGAAGGAUUGUCCAGAGAGCGAGCGAGGGAACGGGACCGCAGUCGGCCCCAUGAAAGGAGGCACCACUCCUCAGCUGGAGAGAAGCAGCGCUAUUACUCCUGUGAGCGUUACGGCAGCAGGGAGCAGGGCCAAGCCAAGUCAGCUGGUCCCAGUCGCUCCACGUCUCCAGGAGAGGGGCGGGACGCUGGUUUCCUCAGACAGCAUGGUAGCAGUGUGGUUAAAACUGGCCACGGGACGCUCCCAUCUGGUUCAAGCACACCGGGUCGUGGUCGCAGGCAGCUCCCACAGACGCCCCUCACCCCUCGUCCCGCUGUGGCCUACAAGACUGCCAACUCCUCCACUCUCCCAUCCAGUGCCCUCGUGACAGGGCACCAAACUCGCUUCAGCCGUGGUCUUUCAGAGCACGAUCGCUUACUCGGGGCCCACGAGGAGUCCCCAAUACCAAUUACCCGCAUUGGUUCGGACCCGAAUUUAAACCGGCAGCAGCAGGGCUCCUCACAGAAGACCCUCACUGAUGAGAUGGAGGACUUCCAGGAUGCUGUAAGCAGCCAAGGAGGAGGCCGCUCUGCCAGAACUGCUGCCUCCACUACAGCCUCAGCCUCUCACCCAACUGCUGCUACACCCGUCACAGCACAGGGCCGGGCAGUGGUCGUGCCUAACGGGUACCACUUCACCCUUGGGGUCAACUCUUCAUCUGGGCCUGGGAACAGAGGAGCAGGAAGUCUCAGGGAGAGGGAGGAAGAUGAGUGGUGCUAACGUGGCAGAAAGUUUUAGAAAGCUUGCUGUUAGCUAGAACGGGGCAGCUUAUGGAUGCUGCUCAGUGCUCAGGUCAGGUCCGGUGGGCUGUUACAACAGGAGGCCAGGCAAAUGAUACAGAAGGAAACACAUUGAGGGGAAAUCUGUGGAAAGUGCUCUGAAAGGGGAUCAAAAAGAAUUACAGCUUUGUAGUGUUAUUGUCUUUUUAAUAUAUCAACCACUUUAAAUAAAAAACACAGACUUUUUUCUAACCCCUUUACUUGCACUGAAAUUAGCACACAUGUGGCGACCCUUAAGUAUUUUGCCUCGGCCGGUGUAUUUGUGAAGCAGAAGACAAAAGCCAAAAUCUCCCCAUUCUUUAUGUCUAAGACUGAUCCUUAUUCCUGAUAUUGACAUGACUGCCCACAACACACGUUUCAUUGCUUUAUGUCUUAUUUUGUUACCAAAUUUCACUCUCUCUCUCUCCUGAUUUGUUUUCCUUAUUUCACCAAAUUUUGACCAGAGCAGAAUAGGAAAGCUUUUUUAUGUCGGUCUUAAAAUUCUUCCAUAACACCCAAUGAACACAAAAGUCAUACAAUGUCAUAGGUUAAAAUAGGACUACAGCUGAGUUUUUAAGAUUGCAUUUUUGUAAAAAUCUCCCAGAUUUAGUAAUUUUUUGAGUGCACAUGGGGACUAGAACAACUCUUUUCUGACAUUAAGUGGCUAACUACUAAGUGCCUCAUUUACCACGAUGUAUUAAAAUGCAGCCUGACUCUGGGUCAGUGGAGGAUGGGUGUAGCUGAAAAAAGUGGUCAGAACAAAACUCAUGGGUUAAAGGGCAGAAAGCAAAAAAAAAAAAAGGAAAGAAAAGAAAAAAAAGAUGAAUCUUUUGAUAGGUAACUUAAAAUUAGAGAUCCAAAGUGUAGUGCAUGCCAGGGUUGUCAAAAAUAGUGUCUGUACUUUUGCCUGAGGGUGUGUGGUAAGCAUUUGCCUUUCUCUUUCAGAUAUACUGCCAGACAGUUGGUAGAAAACAGUCUUUGAAUGGGGGAAAAGUGCCAAUUUUUUAUGAUUUAUGAACAUGGAAAUCUCAAAUCCAGACAAAUCUGCCUCCUCAAGCAUGCAGUAUCCCUUCUUGGCCAUAUUUGCCCAAAUUUUACGGGUUUCCUUUCUUCUAAGCUCUUUCCUCUGAGAGCAGUAUUGCGAGAGGGUACCUGUGUGCAUAUUUACAGGUACAAUAAAGAGUUGUGUUGUUGCUGCUGACUGUUGACUUAAAGUAGGGCUAUGCAACAAGACGACACUUCAUCCGCCCUGUAGCUUUACCCCCUGGAAUCUCCAGGUUUAGGCUUUAGUGUGACUGCGACCAAAUUUUACAUUUAUGCGUGAAGAGUUGUAAAUUAUAAAUGUAUUAUAUGAUGUACAGUUAACUGAAAACACACACUAAAGGCACGAAUGGUAUCCAAGCUUAUAUGUGUGAAUUCACAGGGCAUUUUUGAGGUUGGCAAGUUGACUGCAUGACGCCUACUCAGAUAGAACCACGUAAAAUAUAAAACUGUGUCCUCCUCUUUCCAGACUUGGGUCAAGUUGUAGUUUUAAAUAAUUGUAGUGGUUUUUAAACUUGCUGGG